CUGUGACCAAAGACAGCCCAGCAUCUAUCACACUCUUUCACUUGAUGAGUUCCCUUGGAGUCUGUAGCUUUUGACAAUUUCCGAGAUGAUGUGGAUGAAAGUUUGUAUCUUCCUGCUGAGCUCUGCAACACUCUCACAUGGUGAUUGUGGAGGAACAGUAACAGGUGCGGAGGGGACCAUCUCGUCCCCAGGGUACCCUGUGUCCUACCCUAGCCGCAUGGACUGCACCUGGACGCUACCAUCCCGCGGGGGGCGUCUUACUCUCAGCUUCACAGACUUCCAGCUGGAGAGACCGAUCGGAAUGCUGUCCUCCCGCUGUAACUAUGACUACGUGGAGGUCCAUGAGGGUGACGCGUUGGUCGGGAGAUGGUGCGGAGAGAACAGCCCGGGCACGUUAACGUUUGGGAGCCGAACUGCACAAGUACACAUGGUGUCGGACAGCAGCAUCUCACGCCGGGGGUUCAGGUUGCAGUGGUCUCUGGCUGGCGUGGCGCCCCCUUGCGGCGGAGUCAUGGAUGGUCCAUAUGGAGAGAUAACUUCUCCUAGCUAUCCGUUAGACUACCCCAGUUCCCAGGACUGCACCUGGACCAUCGCGGCACAGGGUGGACAGAUCAUCGCCAGGUUUCUGGAUUUCGCUCUUGAGACCGGGUCUUCAUGUCAGUACGAUUACCUGGAGAUCAUUGCCAACGGCGAAGCACCAAGGCGCCAUUGUGGAAGUGAUCUUCUCCCGGACAUCUCAUCUUAUUCUGACGUCACGUUACAUUUUGUCAGCGACGGAAACAAACAAGAGAGGGGCUUUCAGCUGCUUUACAGUAUCCAGCCUGUGUCCAGCGGCGGUGUGUCGGCAAGCGGCACCGACCAAUCAACUCCCCCGUCUCAGAGGACAACUGCAGGCCCUGUACAGUCAUAACUAACGACAAUGUUACUAAUAUAAAUUAAGGGAAGGUGGUUGAAGAUUUUCAGUGACACCUGUUUGGCAAAUUGUAGCUAGAUGGUUCUGAAUUAUAUAUUUUUGUCACUUACAUAACUUUUCUGAAAAUUAAUAAUCAAUAUUCUAACUUACAAAAUCAAUCGUAUUUGUUUUCCAUAAUCAAUUAACCAGACAGAGUGUUCAUAUUUCGGCCUUUGGGCAUAUCUUAACGUUAACGGGACCAGCCGCACUAGAGAAUGCUAUCAAGUUUUUAUGUCUUUCCGCUAUUUCAUUUCUAAUAGUUGUUUAGGGUUCAUAUGGUGGUGGGGGUUCUUCUUCCUUUGGCUUAGCCGCACUGUACGGAGGAGCUGCAGGAACCUGUCAAGUGAAAAACAAGAAAAUAGAGUUAACGUUGCGCACUGCCCUGACUGUGCGUUGACGAAAUAAAGAGAGAAUAUGAGAAGAAGCUUACAUCGAUGACAUGUUUGUGUGAUCAUCCAGACAGCCAGAACAGACUAGAGCUGUCGUGACAAGACAACAGUCUGUUUGUACCUGACAUCACAUCUGCACAACACAUUUAGCUGUUGUCACAAUAGUUCGUGUAGCGCGGCUUCAAUAUAGCGGUUAUUUAUACCUCAAUGAAAAAUGGAGCAAUUG